AACAACCCCCUAAAACGUCUCAUCUCUCUCUCACAAUCAUGAUGAAGAAGAGCAAGCUGAUCACAAAGGCAUGGAAGCAAAUGUCUAGCAAAGUAGCCAAGCAUAAGGCCGCUGCGGAGGAACCUCACAUACCACAUGACGUACCAAAGGGACACCUUGUGGUGUACGUAGGCAAAGAAGAGGAGAGUUACAAGAGGUUCGUGAUCAAGAUCACGCUGCUUCACGAUCCCAUCAUCAGGGCCUUGCUUGAUCAAUCAAAAGACGAAGUGUACGAUGAUUUCACUUCGGGAGAUUCCAAGCUUUGUAUAUCUUGCGACGAAACUCUUUUUCUCGAGGUCCUCCAAAACGCUUCUCCCCGUAAUUCAUGGUCUUGAUGAUGAGACUCUAAUUCAGUGUUCUACGGUUUAGUUUAUUUUUGGCUGAUGUGAGACGGUCGAUAUAUGUAGAACUAAUGAAGACUCUUGUAAUAUAUAUGAGCUAUUUUUAGUUAGUAGCUGAUAUAAUAUUCUUAUAGAUUGCAUCACAUCUACAUAUCAUACUUUAUAUUAAGGAGCACGAUAUGAUUUUUUUCUGUAAGUGAUUAUGGAAAUACAAAGGUGAUUAAAAAGCCAA